CACUAUAGAAAAGCAGGCCACAACUGCCUCUGCUUUCAGAGGAGGCUGAGCUUCUGAGAGGACUCGCCUGAAAGUGGACCUGGCUGUGUGUUUGUCCAUCUGACAUGGAACCAAAGCGGAUCAGGGAGGGCUACCUUGUGAAAAGGGGGAGUGUGUUCAACACCUGGAAACCCAUGUGGGUUGUCUUGUUAGAAGAUGGAAUUGAAUUCUAUAAGAAGAAAAGUGACAACAGCCCCAAAGGAAUGAUUCCCCUGAAAGGAAGUGCUCUGACUAGCCCUUGUCAGGACUUCGGCAAAAGGAUGUUUGUGUUUAAGAUCACUACGACCAAACAGCAGGACCACUUCUUCCAGGCAGCCUUCCUGGAAGAGAGAGACUGCUGGAUUCGGGACAUCAAGAAGGCUAUUAAAUGCAUUGAAGGAGGCCAGAAGUUUGCUAGAAAAUCCACCAGGAGAUCCAUUCGACUGCCAGAAACCGUUGACUUAGGUGCUUUGUAUCUGUCCAUGAAAGACACCGAAAAAGGAAUAAAAGAACUAAACCUAGAGAAGGACAAGAAGAUUUUUAAUCACUGCUUCACAGGAAACUGUGUCAUCGACUGGCUGAUUUCCAAUCAGUCUGUUCGGAAUCGCCAGGAAGGUCUCGUGAUUGCCUCGUCACUGCUCAAUGAAGGGUACCUGCAGCCUGCUGGAGAUCUGUCCAAGAGCGCCGUGGAUGGAACUGCAGACAAUCCUUUCCUGGACAAUCCUGAUGCCUUCUACUACUUUCCAGACAGCGGGUUCUUCUGUGAAGAGAAUUCCAGUGAUGAUGAUGUCAUUCUGAAAGAAGAAUUCAGAGGGGUCAUUAUCAAGCAGGGAUGUUUACUGAAGCAGGGGCAUAGGAGGAAAAACUGGAAAGUGAGGAAGUUCAUUCUGAGAGAAGACCCAGCAUAUCUGCACUACUAUGACCCUGCUGGGGGGGAGGAUCCUCUGGGAGCGGUUCGCUUGCGAGGCUGUGUGGUGACUUCAGUGGAGAGCAACUCAGAUGGCAAGAAGAGUGAAGAAGAGAACCUCUUUGAGAUCAUCACGGCCGAUGAAGUGCAUUAUUUCUUGCAAGCGGCCACCCCCAAGGAGCGCACCGAGUGGAUCAAAGCCAUCCAGGUGGCCUCGCGGACUGGGAAGUGAGGGCACACUGAAGCUCCUCAUCACCCUCCUGAGGGAACCCCACGGAUAAGCUCGGUCCAGGAUCUGUUCACUUCUGGUUACAGAGCAACAAGAAAGGGCCCAGGGGUGGGAAAUUUUUGACUGCAGGAGUUCUGACUAUAACUAACCACAUACCACAUGAUGUUCACCUGCUCCAACCACAUGGCUCACUAAAGCCUCUGCCACUCUCCGUGUCCCCGAAGCAGGUAUAACAAGCUGGGUGACCUGGGUACACUGCUUAAUCUCUGCUGGCCUCAGAUUCCUUCCUCUUCUGGAAAAUGAAGAAGUGAGAUCCCCGAGGUCCUCUCUAGCUUAAACCCAAAGCCCUGUGUUUCUAACGCCCAUGGAAAUGAAAGUGUCUACAGUCAUCCAACUGGUGCCUUUUCUUGGCUAAAUCUUGGCCUUCAGAACCGGAGACAGCACUUCCCGUAAAAUUGUCCCAUUCUGUCCUACGAGGACUAGGCAUAAACCUCUUUCAUUUUCUUUCACGGCCUUGUCUUUCCCUUGGCUACGAGAUCAUGUAUCAAAAUGAUCAGAAAAGAGACGUCUCUUCUUCCUUCCUCAAUCUAUCCAGAAACUUCCUGAGAGCCAGAGCUGCAGUGGUGGCUUUUGGGUUGAAGCCUUCUUUUACUUACUAGAUAGCCUGGAAAGUAAUGUCUUCUGAGAAAAGACCUGAGGAAGCAAGGAGUAGCCAAGGAAGGAUCUUUUCCAUGCCUUGAAGGCACCUAGGGCAGGCAUUUUCUGCUCCCACUUGAGGCUGAUCUGAGAAGGGUUUACCUUUGUCCCUUUCUGAAGCAGUUCUAUCAUUUAUUAUAAUUAGGACAAAGAACUCCAAAUCUUUGAGAUUGUUUCAUUUGAGUGUUUGCAGAAAAAAGUGGCCAUAUGGGUUUCCUUAAUAGAUUUUCUCCAUGAGUGAGAGGCCUGGGAGCCUUCCUGGCUAACGUGUCUCCUCAGUCCGAGCUCCAGAGGGUGCAGGGGCUGCACCACAGGCAGGCAGAUUGGAUGAUAGGUUUAUACAAAGAGCCCUGAAAGGACUUAAGUUUAGACAGAGCUAGAGGAGGAGGCCGUCAGCAUUGUUCAGUACCUUCGAUUCUCCACCUAAUGAUACAGCGGUUGUGCCUGAGCUUUAAGCAUAAACUGUGGCAGCUCCUGCUUAACCUCCAAGGAGCCUCAUGAAACCAUUACCAACCAGAGUAACAUGAGUAAUAUUCAGACUGGGUGCCUGUUUAUAGCUUUUGACUGUGUCCACUAACUAGUGAUUCCGAUCCAAAAGAUUAGAGAAAGAAACCAGCUGUGUGUAUGAAGGUGUAUUUUCAAAUUUUAGAUUUUUUAUUUGAAGGCCCAAGUGAGGAAAGGAGAGUAGAAGAUUCUUCCUGAUUUUAUCAGCUCUCCUCUUUCCCUCCCUCAAUUCCACAUGAUAUCCAUGAGGCUGUUCUUACUCCUAGAUUGUUUUAUCAAUUGUCUACAGGCAAAAGAUUACCUUUUCUCUGAUUCUUUAGUAAACUGUCUUCUUAGAACAUGCACCGUCGUUUUUCUACAAUUCAGUGUUAAAAGUAUUUAUUAAGAUGGAGUACACUUUAUGUUUUGAAAUAAACAUGACCAUGUGUGUUUUCUUAUUGGUGUGAUAACU